AUAUAUUCCAAAUUGUUACACCCAACUUUGAUUUACUGAUUAGUGCCUCUUCUCAUCGCAAUCCAAUUCUAUGUCUCUGUCCAUCUUCAACCCGAGAUCUGCUCCUUCAAAACGGUGCCGUAUCAGAUCCUAGCAACAAUUUCAAACAAGGUGAGGCAUAAAAAUGAGUGAUGAUGAUAAGGAUCCUGAUUUGAUCAGUGACCUUCCUCAAAGCAUAAUAGAGAGCAUUUUGAUUCAGCUUCCAAUAAGGGAUGCUGUGAGAACUAGCAUUUUGUCAAGUAAAUGGAGGUACAAAUGGGCUUCAAUUACUCAACUUGUGUUUGAUGAUAAAUGUGUGCCCUUUAGUAAUGAUAGAGAUGUUGUUGAGAAGAGUAUUGUCAAGUUCAUUACUAGGGUGUUGUUUCUUCACCAAGGGCCAAUUCAUAGGUUCCAAAUAACGAAUUCCAAGCUUCAGAGUUGCCCUGAAAUUGAUCAGUGGAUUCUUUUCCUUUCGAGGAAUGGGAUCAAAGAGAUGGUUAUGGAAUUGGGAGAAUGCGAGUUUUUUAGAAUACCCUCAAGCCUUUUCAACUGUGGGAAGUUGAUUCGAUUGGAGCUUUCGCGGUGCGACUUGGAUCCGCCGCAUAAUUUUAAAGGAUUUAUGUGCCUCAAGAGCCUCAACCUUCAUCAGGUUUUGAUAUCCCCUGACGCAGUUGAGAGCCUCAUUUCGAGUUGCCCUCUAUUGGAGAGUUUAUCACUGUCAUACUUUGAUAACUUGGCGCUUACUAUCUGUGCCCCCAACCUCAAGCACUUGUAUCUUGAGGGUGAAUUCAAGGAUAUAUGUCUUGAAGAUACUCCACUUUUGAUUGAGAUAUCAAUUACAAUGUAUAUGACUGAUGACAUUGCUGAGCACUUUGAACAAAGCUCAAAUUGCAAUUUUGUCAAGUUUCUUGGUGGUGUGCCUAAUCUUGAGCGGCUCGUUGGGCGUAUCUACUUGACAAAGUAUUUGAGCAUAGGUAUUGACUCGGUGUAUCUUCCAAUAAUGUACAACAAUUUGGAGACUGUUGAAUUAUAUCAAGUAAAUUUCGAGGAUACGAAAGAGAUACUUGUCAUCCUUCGCUUGAUUACAAGCUCUCCCAGUCUGAAGGAACUUCAAAUUUCAGGUUCAUCAAACAUACCAGUUGCCAUAGAUACCCCGGACGUGGAUUUUUGGAAAAAAGAGUGCCGUUCAGAUUCUACACUUUGCAGGCUUAAAAUUGUGAAGUUGUCAGAAAUGGGUGGUUGGCCACAUGAGAUAGAAUUUAUGAAAUUUUUGCUUGUCCGUUCACCUGUGCUUGAGACAAUGAAUAUUAUUCCUUGUGUAUUUGAUAUGGAAAAUAAUUUGAAAAUAUUGCUCGAAUUGGUGAAAUGUCGAAGAGCUUCUACUAGAGCAGAAGUUGUUUUCGCACAUGAGGAAGCUUUUCCUUAUGGUAGUUGCCCGUCUGAACUUGAUAUGCUAUCUUGAAUCAUGGCAUAUUUACAACAAACUCAAUUCUUCUCGACUACUUGCUUGCAGUCUUUGUAGUAACUUCCACGAGAGACUUGAAUAUCAUCUUGUGGUUGUGGGUAUG